AUGCCUAGAAGAGCGAAUUAUUCACAAAUUAUUUCCUUCCUUUUUCUGUUGAUACAAGUCACUUGCUCCACUGAAAUUAACACUUUUGCUGAUAUUAAAGAGGGUCCUCGGACUUUUGCAAAUACACUGAAUGUGAUAGUUAAUACAGAAGACGAGUUCAAAGUCGCCUUGGAACACCAAAGUCGACUCGACAGAAUAAUAGUGAAGGGGUAUUCACUCAUCACAAAUCCAAUGAAUAAUUUGCCAUAUGUUUCUGGAUCACCAGAUUUCGAAAUUAACUCAACAAAGAAAUACGCUCACAUCAAUUUGGGUGAGAUGGUCUUUAUCCAAGACUUCUCUUUUGUGUGUGCAGAUGCUGUCGUGGCCUUUGUCCAGAAACACAAUUUCGACGGAGUCGUCUUUGAAGAUUUAGAAAGCGUGUUUUACAGUGCCGGGAGGUCAGUCAGAGACGUCAGACUGUUACUCCGAAGAGUCGGCAUUGAACUUCACAAAAUCAACAGAACACUGGUAGUCAUUCUUCCUGUCAAAUCGCAGUCGAUUGGUUCGACUGAAGUGUUCUCACUCUUGAAGUACGUGGACGAGUUCAUUGUCUUCAGCACUGGGUUUUCGGAGAAGAUCCACAUCCAAACAUACUUUGACUCCCCACUUGAUUUUGUUAAGAAUUGUGUCACUGACUUCUCACAUGACAACGAGGAGGUUAUGAAGAAAAUGAAUGUCAUGAUUAAUAUGGAGAGUUACAUGUUUUGUAAUGGCAAAAAGACUCUCAUCGAUCCACACAAUUUAACUGAUGUGUUGAGUACAGGGGAAAUGGCUGAGUGGUUUGAUAAAGAAAAGGAGUACUUGGUACACUUGAGUGAUGGAUGCUUAGUCAGUUAUGUCUCUGUCGAUACUCUUAAAGCUAAAAUAGAGUAUGCUAAACAACACAACUUGGGUGUUACAAUACUCAAUACCAAAGGAAUGAAUCCUAAUGCAUUCUUCCUCUUUUAA